CUGACAGCUGAGACGGGAAGACAUUAACUAUCAAAUCAUUUGCUUGGAUAUGGCUGGGUGUGAUGAGAACGGCGAUAUAUUCCGCACACGUGGUGUGGAAGGGUUCUUCGAAAACAAAAGGUCAAUACUAGUACAAAUGUCUGGUAAGAUGCAUGAUUUCGUCUAGACUUCUUCAUAAUAUGGUGAUUUUGAUUAGUCGGAGCUCAGAGGAUGGAGUCGCUCAGUCGACUCGCUUAAAAACCAUCCAUUCUCAUCACUGUCACUGGACGGAGCACGGACCGAUAGGAUUGGAUGCAACAGAUCGCACUGGAGAAGCUAAUGGAGAUGCAGAACUCGAAGAUUGGCAUUCUGAAAAUACGAUAGAUCAGUUUAGGACUUUCCCAGUUCAGAAAAUGAAGAAGGCAACGAAUCUGGAAGAACCAUGCCGCUAUCUGAAUCAAGUAUCCACAAUUGAUGCUCCCUCCAUUACCAUCACCGCUAUCUUGGUUGUGAUGUUCAUAUGAUGAUGUGUUGAUUCGAAAUGGAGGGGCAGGCACAGGUCAAAGAGGGGGAGCUGAGCUGAACCUGCCUAUUGAUUCUGCACGCCAUCGUCAGCCGGAAUAGUAAUAUCUCAUUGUAAUUGGUGGCCAAUGGCG